CUGAUAACUAAAAUGAAAGAAGCAAAGAUUAAACGAAAAUUAAAAGAAAAGCAAAGAGCUGCAGAACUUGAUUUAAAAAAACUAUGUGGUAUUUGUAAAGCAUCAUUUGAAGAUAGUAAAGAAUUAUUUGAUCACUUAGAGGGUCAUAAAAAAGAUAAAAUGUGUCAAUUAUGUCAUGAAACAUUUACUGAAUGGCCGGAAAUACUAGGCCACAGAUUCCGGCAUACUCCAGAUAGUCAAAGAAGGUGCCAUUUAUGUAAUAAAUCUUGUAUGAGUCAUGUAUAUAUGGAGCAUCAUUAUAGAAAAAUGCAUUAUGAUGGAAGUGUUAGGUUAAAAUGCAACCAGUGUGAUAGAACAUAUGACACACCUCGAAAUUUAAGAAAACAUAAAUCGAGUGUACAUUCUGAUAAACAGUUCAUCUGUGAUGAUUGUGGGGAAACAUUCAAUACAAAAGGGAAAAUUAAAACACAUGUAUUAAGACAUACAACUGUGAAGCCGCAUGUUUGUAAAUUUUGCGGAUAUUCAACCAAAUAUGUUAGCAGUCUGAGGGAUCAUAAUUUAAGAAAACAUACAGCAUUAAAGGUUUAUUGCAAAGGCUGUGGUACAGUGUUUUCAUGUCAAGAAAAACUUGACAAACAUGUUUGUAAGCAAAAGUCAAGAGUGUGUCCAAUAUGUGGCUUGAAAAUGCAUAAAUCGGAAAGAAUACAUAGUCAUUUAAAAACUCAUGAAAAAGAAAAGCCGUACAAAUGCGAGCUGUGCGCCAACACGUAUAUGAGUAAAGUAGCACUAAAGGCGCACCUCGACAAGCACAACGGUAACCGCACCAAGCAGUGCGAGUACUGCCCCGCAACAUUCUACUACGGUUCUGCUUUGAUCAAACAUCGCCGCAUACAUACAGGAGAACGUCCGUACGUUUGUAAAACUUGCGGUAAAAGUUUUACCAGCAAUUCUAACCUCAAAGUACACAGGCAGAUCCAUGGCGAAUACUUGAUAAACAAGAUAGUCAAAACUGAAGAUAUAUAAGCAACUAGCUUUUACCCGCGACUUCGUCCGCGCGGAAUAAAAAAAAAAA